CACAGGGAGGACUGUGUCCCGCCCCUUCCCUGCCUACGGCCCCCGGCCGGCCCUCCUCAUGGUACGCUCCAAGAUGGCGGCCCCCAUGGUGCGGCGCUGGCUGCUUCUGGCUCGGAAAGUUCCUCUGCCUCACCUCUCCCCUGCAGGAAAAAGAUGUCUGCUUUCUGCAGCAUAUGUGGACAGCCACAAAUGGGAAGCAAGACAAAAAGAACAUUGUCACCUCGCUGAUCUCGCAUCUUUAAUGGACCAAACAUAUGAGAGAAAGUUGCCUGUUAGUUCUUUAACAAUCUCACGGUUUGUGGACAACAUUUCAUCUCGAGAAGAGAUAGAUCAUGCAGAAUAUUACCUUUACAAAUUUCGACAUAGUCCCAACUGCUGGUACCUAAGAGAUUGGACUAUCCACACUUGGAUUAGACAGUGUCUAAAAUAUGGUGCAGAAGACAAAGCUUUGUAUACCCUUGUAAAUAAGGUUCAAUACGGAAUUUUUCCAGAUAACUUUACAUUCAAUUUACUGAUGGAUUCUUUCAUAAAGAAAGAAAAUUACAAAGAUGCUUUAUCUGUGGUUUUUGAGAUCAUGAUGCAAGAAGCCUUUGAAGUGCCUUCCACCCAGCUUCUCUCCCUGUAUGUUUUAUACCACUGUCUGGAAAAGAAGACAGACUUCAGUUGGGAAGAAGAGAGGAACUUUGGUGCAUCCCUAUUACUUCCAGGCCUAAAACAAAAGAAUUCAGUGGGUUUGAGUUCCCAGUUGUAUGGCUAUGCACUUCUUGGGAAGGUGGAAUUGCAGCAUGGGCUACGAGCUGUGUACUACAACAUGCCUCUGAUGUGGAAACCAGGCUACCUUGACAGAGCCCUUCAAGUGAUGGAGAAAGUGGCCUCUUCCUCAGAAGACAGAAAGCUGUGUCGAGAAGCGCUCAAUGUGCUAGAAGGAGUGCUGCACACACUGACUUCCCCAGCUGAAGAAACUUCUGAGAAACAGUCCCAAGAAAGUGACGACAACCAGGGCUCCAAAAACCUGGUGGAGCUGCUAGACAUAGAGGAACCAGAACAAUCCAAGCUGCCCCGAUACCUGGAACGAUUUAAGGCCUCACAGUCCAAGCUUCAGGCUCUGGGCCGAAUAGAGUCAAAAAGCCUUUUGACUCUGACCACACAGCUUGUCAAGGAAGAGCUCCCCACCUGUGAGGCAGAGGACCUCGCCACCUAUGAGCAGAAGCUGCAGCAGUGGCAUCGGGAUAUGAUGCAGUUGAUUCAGAGGGAGCAGGAGCAGAGGGAGAGAGCGAAACGGGAGCACCAUACCCGGAAAGCCGCAAAGGGAGCAGCUUAACAGGCCCCAGGUUAUCCCUGCACAAGAACCUCCCUAGGCUGCCUCAGCACUCACCAGCGACAGAGCAGGUCCCCAGCCUCCACCAGCUGGCUUCUCAGAUCAAGUUUCAGGUGGCCCAAAAACCAUGAUGUGCUACGUAUCAAGACACUGUGACUGCCCAGCCAGAAACCAAGAAGGGCUGAGAACUCAGAAAGUGGCAAAUGGUUGGGCUGAAGCCAUCAGCUGAAUACCUUAAAAGGGACUUUUGAGGCUCUUGAUGGUGCAGGGAUCCUUUGUGAGUAUGGAAGGUUGGCAGUACAUAGUGAGGGAGCUGGGGGUGGGCACUGUGGCUAAAGAGCCAGGGCUCCCUGCCCUCUGCCCAGGCACAUCAGGCCUCACUACCCUCUCUGUGAACUGACCAUGGGUGCUCACUAUUCCACUCCUCCUUCUCCCCCGUCUUGCCCAUAUGAUUCUGCUCCGGGAAAAGUUCAGAACAGGAGUGUACUCAGGACCAUGACUCGCUGGAUUUAAAUUUUAGACACUGAUGGUAACAUUUUGAGAAUGUAAAAGCCUUUGAGGAGAAACCUAGCCCUAGUUGUGAAGCCUUCUCAGCAUGGCUUCAUCACAUUGGGGUAAUUUUUCCAAAGCAUUGUCUAGCUCCGUUUUCAAGGAGGUAGAAAGAGCCUUUUGUGUGUGCAUGCACACACAACACACACACACACACACACACACACACACAUUUUUUGGUUAAAGAAGUUGGAGAAAAUGAGAGAUGGGUUGGGUCCUGAAGUGCACAGAUGAUAUGCAGAAUUGUGAAACUGUCAGAAGAUGGGAAAUCCCUUUUUGAAGUUUUCUCCUCUGUGAAGGGGUCAGGGGACAGCUUUUGCUUGCUACGUAAUGUUGCCUUUAAGGUCAAUGGUGUAUUUUUCUUGAGGAUUGUGCUCAUUUAUCAAGAAACUAUGAAAAUAAAGAAUAAAAUGAAAUAA